AUGCUUUCGCCUCCAAACCCUCAAACCGAUGCCGAUAGGGCCUAUAUCUUAUCAAUGUCACCCUUAUUCAGGAAGUGGCCAGAAAACUUCGAAUUUCCUUUGGUCACCGUGCCAGGCUAUCGGCCACCAUCCAAUACGUUAUAUUCGGUCAUUAUUUCGUUCAUCAUAGUUUCAAUUACAGCUGCUAUAGUUGUUGCACGGUUUUGGGCGCGAUGGAGGUCUCUUGGGACUUGUGGUAUGGAUGAUUGGGUUAUGGUGCCAACUUUUUUAUUCUACAUUGCAUUCAAUGUUGUUAAUAUUUAUGCUGUAUUUGGAACCGGAUUCGGGUUUCACCUCUACGACCUGUCACUCAAAGAUAUUAGGGGUAACUUGUUGGUAACAUACCUACACGUUAUAUUCUCCUUUGCAGCACUGCAUCUUUGCAGAAUAUCGAUACAGCACCUUCUUUUACGCUUAACGCCAUUAACUUCAAGGACAAGACGAUGGUACCUCUACAUCCUCUUGACUCUCUCCUACUUAUUCGGUACUGCUGCCGUCGUAACUCAAAUAUUUCAAUGCGGACUACCUUUAUCCAACGUUCUCAAUUUCAGAAAGGCCUUCGACGGCACAUGUGUUAGUCUAUAUUCGACCACGGUUUAUGGCGUUUUCAUGACUGGCCACAUCCUAUUGGACGCCUUGACACUAUUCCCACCGAUAUAUAUCCUUAUCAAGCUCCCGACCAUGUCAAAGUCCAAUAAAUAUAACCUUACAUUCUUGUUAAUGUUAGGCGGAAUCACAAUGAUCCUUAGCGCCCUCAAACCUUUCGUCUUUUACAGAAGAAUGAUGAACUCGUACGAUAUCACUUGGACCUCAACACAUGUUGGAUUUAUUGGAAUUAUAGAACUGAGUCUCGCACUUAUCGUCGCAUCCUUACCGGCGCUGAACCGUCAUAUUAUAAAGUUCAAGAAGAAAUUGUUUGGAGACGGUGGAGGGGCAUCCAAAUUUCAGACUCUUUCGAUGAAAUUUGGCGUAAUCCGAUUCACACGUAGAGACAAAACGCGUCGAAGCCCCCCGAAGUCUCUGAGUUAUACAACCACUGGAGCAACUCUAACAGCAAACAAAGACGUCAUGCAUAGCUACUUGGAACUUGGGGAUAUGAAAUCCGAGGAACAACUGCGAUGUCCAUCUGUGGAAGAUAUUGAGCGAGGAAUUACAGUUGAAAGAGACUUUCAUGUUACCUCGCAAAGAAUAUCCGCAAUACAGGAGGAAAUCAUAGGCCCACGACAGCCAUUUAGAAGCAGGAGUAUGCCAUCUGCGACAUCAGAGGUAUUUGUUGUCGUUCCACCACCUAAGGCUCGACUUUCGGCAUAG